AUGGAGGAAGUAGUCCCCCCAAUGGAAGAAGCAGCUGCGCCUAUGGAGGAAGUUUCCCCGGAUCCGGAACCACCACGCCCCGGCAGAUACGACCACCUGUCUAGAGAACUGCAGGAGUACUACGUGGGCGUGCCGUACAGCUGGGAAUACGUGGAGGGCAGCAGGGGGUGGUUCAUCAUCGAAACGAGUAAAGGGUAUAAAUUCUACUUCAACAAGAAAACUAGUGAGAAGACGUGGAAGUGCCCAAAGGAGGUAGAAAAUCUGCUGAACAAAAAGCAAAGCGAUCAUCUGGUUGGUGAAUCAGUGGAGGGAAGCCCCACAGGGGGUGAUCACCAUGGCGUGAUGGGAAUUGUCACAGGCGGAAGGGGUACCACCUCAAGUGGUCUAACCAACGGAACAACGGGGCAAGGUAACCAAGAUAAGGUAAACAUGGAAAAAAUCCGCCAGGAUUAUAAAAACCUUCUCAUCGAAAAAAACAUGGACCAAUUCAGCAGAUAUGAAAACGUGUUGCCCCACCUGCUCUACGAUGAAAGGUAUCUGAGAGUACCGAAGGAGAUGAGGAAGGAAUAUUUUAAUAACCUUGUAAAAGAAAUUGACGGUGACAGAAGGAGGGAGCUCAAACUGUUAGUAGAGAAUUUCCAAACAUUGCUGUGUAAGGUGGAAGGUGAAAUUCGGUACCCGUUCGAAGAGGCAGACGCCAUAUCCAUUUUGAGGGGUGAAAAAGCAUUCGAAGGGAAUGGCACAAAAAAUUGGCAUUCCACAAGGAGCAAACUGUUGAGGGAAUUUUUACAAAAGAAGAAAAAAAAUAAGGAAAAAGAAACGGAAGAAAAAUUGGAACAGGUAUUGAUAGACGCGUUCAGGGGUGAAAAUCCAGGCAUGUGGAUUAAAAUAAAAAAUAAUUUACUAAAAAGUAGCAAGUACGACAUUUUAUCCUUUGAGAAAAAAAAUCACAUAUUUCAGAGCGUAAGUCAGAAGUUGUUGGCCAAGCGGAAGGGCGAAAGUCGGCAUGCAGAUUCGCUGUCAGGUGCUGUCCGAUCAAGCUAUCGUGCCAACACGGUUAACGACGAGAGAAACGUUUUUGUGAGUCUCCUGCAUGAGAAGAUAAAACACCCAAUUAUAGACGAAGCCAUUUUGAAGCAAGACCCAUUUUCUAGCAAAAUGUUCGACUCCUUCGAAGAGGCCGUGAAAAUACCUCCCGACCUAAGAACAGACGAGAGGUACAAAAAUAUACGCUUAACAGAUACAGAAAAAUUAAACUUGUACAGAGAAUUUAUUAUAAGCUACAUAAAUAUGAAAAAAGACGCAUUCGAAAAAAUGCUUCACGAAGUUUCAAUAAAUUAUAUGAACGAUUCUGUGGAAGACAUCAUAAAGCUGGUCGAUAGGAGUGGCAAAAUUUUUAAGUCCUUACCAGCUGAUCAUUUGGAACAUGUUUUCUCAAAAUGGAGAACAUACAAAAUUAAGGAGGCCAAAAAAAUGUUUGAAGAUUUUUUGAAGAAAUCCAAUUCGGUUAAACAUGACUCAGAUGAGCGUAGCAACUACGAUGCGCUUAUAAAGGUUCUUUCGCAGGAAGUCAGCUACCAACGACUCAAGUGCGUGCCCGAGGACAGGGAAGAAAUAGUGAUGAAGCGCAUAAGGGAAUUAAAGGAAGAGCACAAGAAGAACAAGAACUUAGCAGAACGGCUGAACCGUUGA